GGUGGAGGGGCCGGGAUGGAGGGUCGCGGGAGGAAUGGAUGUGGGGGUGCUGUGACGGGAGAGGGUCGGGAAAGGCGGGUGUGGGGAGCCUGUCUCGCGCACGGAUGUGGGGGAGGUGCGGGUGGAAUCUGAGGGGGAGGAUGAGAAAAACCAGUUUGUGGAGAGGCUGUUCUGGGAGACGAGAGUAGGGGAAACGGGGAUGGAUGCAGGCUGUCUUGAGGUGGCUGUAGGGGAAGAAUGGAGAGAGACUGAUGAGGGGAAGCUAUCUCGGGGCGGGUGGCUGAGGCUAGAGGGGGAGGUUGUGGAGAGGCGUGUGGCGGCGGCUGUCUGGAGGGACGACGGUGGGGGUGCUGUAGGGAGGGGAUGGGGAGAGGCGGGUGGGGGCGGCUGUCUAUCUCGGGGGCGGGGCGGAAGCUGGGGGCGGGGCUGUGCGGCCACCUGGUCCUAGAGCCCCGGGCGCCGCCCGCCCGCCGCAGGUGCUGCCACGGCCGCCCGGCGCCCGCCCGGGACAUCCAGACCCCGGCUCCGCCCCGGCCCCGCCCAGAGGGUUCAUUUGCAUGAGUCCGCAGCCCCGCCCGGGGCGGCUAAAGCGACGUGUCCUUGUCCCCCGUGGGCAGCCUCGGCGCGUGCGGCCGCGGAUCCCCAGCUCCAAGGGCCUCACCUCCUCGCUGCCACCUCCUGGGACAGGGCCAUGAAGACCAAGAACCGGCCCCCACGGCGCCGGGCCCCAGUGCAGGACACAGAGGCCACCCCUGGGCAGGGGACUCCCGAUGGGCCCCUGCCCAGCCCAGGCCCAGAGCCUGCCAAGAGUCUGCGGAGCCGGCCAGCCCGAGCGGCAGCAGGGCCUCGGGGCGAGGGCGGGCGCAGGCGGCCAGGACCGUCCGGGCCUGGGGGCCGUCGGGACAGUAGCAUCCAGCGGCGGCUGGAGAGCAACGAGCGAGAGCGGCAGCGAAUGCACAAGCUCAAUAACGCCUUCCAGGCCCUACGAGAGGUCAUCCCCCACGUGCGCGCAGACAAGAAGCUCUCCAAGAUCGAGACCCUCACGCUGGCCAAGAACUACAUCAAAUCGCUGACGGCCACCAUCCUCACCAUGUCCAGCAGCCGCCUCCCAGGUCUGGAGGGGCCGGGCCCCAAGCUCUACCAGCACUACCAGCAGCAGCAGCAGGCGGCUGGGGGCACACUGGGGACCACAGAGGCCCAGCCCCAGGGUCACCUGCAGAAGUACUCCACGCAGAUCCACAGCUUCCGAGAAGGCACCUAGUGCCUGGCUGUGGGUGGGGGUGGCGGUGGCUGUGGUGGCCUGGCCUGCUUCUCCCAGCCCCGGCCCUUUCAAGCCACGAGGCCCAGAUGGGUGGUGACACCUCACGAGGACGCAGCCCCAGCUGCUCCAUUUUCCCCGAACAUUCAGUCACUUUCCUGGAGCAAUUUUUCCUGCCCGGCUGGGGACCAGUGAGUGGGCUGGUUGAGGUUGUAGCCCCAAACAGCGGCAUGCCCAAACCUCUGGGUAGGGCCCAGGGGGUCCUCCUUUUUUGAGCCAGGUGGUCUCAGCGGGUGCUGAAAGGCCUUCCUUAGCCUUGGAACUAAAGUCUCUUCACCCCAACGUCCUCCAGGGCAAGGGGAGAUCCCAGGAAAAAGUUACUUACAGGUUUCCAAGGCCAAGGCCCUGCAAAGACCCCCCUCCAACCUUCAUUGUAGGGCUGCCUGGGGCCUGGGCUUAGCACCCUCAUUUGGGGUAAACUGAGGCCCAGGACAAGCCUGGCAGAGCCCAAGGCUGCUCAGGGCAGAUGACCUCACAUUCAUCCUCAAAGGUUGAAUGGUGGGGAGGGGCUGGAGUCUCUUCCUCCCUCCUCCCAAGUCAGGCUCCUGGAGGUGGUGACUCCAGGCUGUGCCAGGUUGGGGAGGGGCUGGAAUCUCUUCCUCCCUCCUCCCGAGUCAGGCUCCUGGAGGUGGUGACUCCAGGCUGUGCCAGGUUGUGGAGGGUCUGGGGCAGUGUCUGAGGGGCAUCAUGGAGCUGGAGCAGGUGACAGGGCAGGAUGUUCCUAGUGCAGCCCUUCUGGGCAUGGGAGAGAAGUCCUGAGACCUAGGGUCACUCCCCAAGAUGGCUCUGAGGCCUCCUGCUCAGCCCUCACCUGUGCAGGGAGCAAGUGUGCACCCCCCAGCCCCGCCUCUGCCAUUACUUAUUGUCUCUGGUGUGGCUUGUCAUGUAAUUGGCGCCAUGCUGUCUGUAGGACAUUACAGCGUGCUUUCGUCCUGGUUUGAGUUGGCAACCAGCAAGGCCCUCUGCGUGGUGGAGCCUGGGGGUGGCAGGUAUGUCCCUCCCCCCGCCCAGGUGCUUCGUCCUCAUGGCCGGGCCUGGCGACUUGGCACGUCCCUGCUGCCCCAAGCCCAGCUUCCUUCUGGGCAUUCCUGCCCCACUGGCUCUGCCAGACUUGGCCACUUGGCUCUCUCCUCCCUCGUGCCUCUGCCCAGAGAUGUCUCAAAGGCCCUCAGGGCCAUGCCAGGCCGGGGAUGUGGCUGCCACAGCAGAGGCCGAGGGCUCUGGCCAGCCUGUCCCCACCAGGUGGCCUUGCCCUCCCAAGUUGGGGAUCUUGGCACCAGAUGCUGAAUGCAGCAGCAGGCUUGGGGUCAGCCCUGGCCACGUAAGGACACAGGUGACACCCUGAGGAUCUGGCAUUGGCCACUUUAGGCCUAACUUUCCUGGUCAGGGUCUCCAAAAGGUGGCCCGGUCACAUUGGUCUCAUUUCAAGGAGACUCAAUCAUAGGCCUGGUCUGGUCCUGGCCCUACCGCCCCAGUUGUCCUUCAGCAUGGCUCGGGGUGGGGAUCCUAGGCUGCAGGAUCUGUCUCUCAGGAGGGGGUGCUCUGGAAGGUCAGGGUGACCCAUCCCUGUGAGCUGAGAGUGAUGCAGCUGAGAGCUUGGGACAGAGAGAGCCUGGGCCUCCCUGCAGGGCACCUGCCCAAUGGGGACACAAGAUGAGAGAGCUCACCAUUGGGGGCACUUGGGGGCUACAAACCUGGCAGCUCUUGUUUCUGGCUGAGUUGUGGCCAGAGCAGGGUUCGGUUCGCCCCUGAACUUGCUGAAUGGACCGACAAGCUGAGCCUGAAAACCCAGAGGAGCCUCGAUCCAGGAGAUGGAGACCGUGCCCAGCAUCCAUCUGCAGCCCAGGGCUUCCCCAGGGCAGCAGGAGGGCCUGGGGGUGGCUACCUUCAGGACAAUGGUUUCUGCCCUGAACUGGCACUUCCACCUCCUCUGCUUCCUAGAGGGUGACCUGGGCAGAGCCGCCCAGUCCUUCAUCCCCCUAGGACAGAGGGAAUGCCCUGUGGCCACAGCACACAGGAUCCUUAGCAGCCAUAGUCCCACUUUGGGGUGUCCAGUGUUUCGAGGAGGAGAGGGGAAGGGGCUAUGUCCACCCUCUCGGCCUUCCUCUUGGACCCCAAGGUCAGGCUGGAUCCUUUUAUACUGUGGGGAGCCCCUACCUCAGCCAUCGGGAUGAGUUUCCUCAAGUCCCUGGACAAGUGGGUCAGAGACCCCUGUGACGUCCCCCUGGGGGCCGUGGACACACCCACCCCCUGCAGACAGGCGCCCUGAGAGCUCCAGAGGUGCGAUCCCCAUCCCCAUCCCCAUUCCCACCAGCAGAGAAGCCAGAACUGCAAUUGUUCCAUCUGGGAAAACCCUGCUGGAGCCGAAGGGCCCGUGUCCCCACUGCAAUUGUGCUGAAAAUGUUUCUCAACUGACCCAAAUUGGCUCUUAUUUUUUCUUAUGGCCUCUUUAUUCAUGAAAUGGAUGCUGUGUCAUAAAGCAAAAAUAAAAGAUUUCAUGGCAAUGGCUAUUUCAAGCGCA